AUGGCACCAUCAGGAAGAAAACUUGCCGGGAAAACAGCCAAACCAUCACAGGAGGAUCCGGUUGUACAUGCUUACAACUUUGAAGAAAAUCAGAAGAAACAUCUGAGUGGCUCAGAAGAGGAUAUUAGAGAAGAUGAAACACCAGUCAUUGAUAAACAUGGGAAAAAAAGAUCAUCAUCAACUCCUCAUGCUGUAAUUGAAGAUGAUGUUGGGGGAGAAGUACAGAAUAUGUUGGAACGAUUUGGAGCGGAUAUUAACAAAGCACUUCUAGCUAAGAGGAAAAGAUUAGAAUUGUACACAAAAGCCUCUCUCAAAACAAGUAACCAGAAAAUAGAAUUUGUUUGGAAAACACAACAAGAACAAAGGCAGAAGAUCAACCAUGAGUACUCCCAACAAUUCCUACAUGCAUUUCAACAGUGGGAUGCUGACCUACAAAAAGCAGAAGAACAGGAAGAAAAACUAGCGAAUGUGUUUCGGCAACAACAAAAGGUAUUCCAACAAGCAAGAAUAGUUCAGAGUCAAAGACUGAAGACUAUUAAACAGCUGUAUGAACAAUUCUUAAAGAGUAUGGAAGACAUGGAGAAGACUCAUGAAAACCUUUUAACAGGUGCACAAAAUGAACUUCGCAAAGAAAUGGCUAUGUUGCAAAAGAAAAUUAUGAUGGACACUCAACAGCAAGAGAUGGCAACUGUUCGCAAGUCUCUUCAGUCCAUGUUAUUCUGAUGGCUCAAUGGAGAAACAACUUGAACCUAUGAUAGAUACAUUAGCCAUGAGAAAAAGAGCCAGUGUUUAAAACUCCAUAUUAAAAGUUACAUGCAUUGUUUGAAUACUCAGUAACAUUGCUUUGGAGCCAUUGCUCCAAAGCAACUACAACUAGUUAAUUAUCAGAUUUUAGCAUUAGCACAUCUGUACCUAUCCUCCCUCACUUCUUAAAAUUAAGCAUCUGUAUU